AUGUCAGCCCUGGUCUUCUGCUUUUCUUUCUUUCUUCUACCGCUGCACUCCGCCUAUGGAGACGUGAGCUAUUCUUUUCCGGAGGAGAUGAAACGAGGAUCUGUUAUUGGAAAUAUAGCCAAUGAUCUCGGGCUGGAGGCGAGCAGGCUGUCCGCUCGUAGGGCCCGUGUUGAUACUGAAGGAAACCGAAAACGUUAUUGUGACAUUAAUCUGAGUACCGGGGAGUUGAUUGUUGCGGAGAGGGUUGACAGAGAGGGGCUUUGUGGAGAAAAGGUUUUAUGCAUACUAACAUUCGAGUUGGUCCUAGAGAGUCCACUUGAGUUGCAUCAUAUAUCACUUCAAAUCCAAGAUAUCAACGAUAAUUCACCCAUAUUUCCCAAGGAUUUAAUUAAGGUAGAAAUCAGAGAAUCCGCUGUGAAAGGAGCUCGCUAUCGUGUAAACGCAGCUCACGACGCAGAUACUAGACAAAACGCAGUGCAAAUCUACGUACUACAAAGGAAUAAUCAUUUUGUUUUGGGUUUGCAAACGAAUAAUGCUGGUAUUAAAUACGGUGAGUUAGUUCUGGACAAAGUAUUAGACCGCGAGGAGCAGCAGGAGUUGAAGCUGUUGAUGACAGCUGUAGAUGGGGGCUCUCCGCAGAGAUCAGGUACUGUAGUCAUACACGUCACUGUACUGGAUGCUAACGAUAACGCCCCAGUGUUUAGACAGGCCGUCUAUAAAGCCAGUCUGCCUGAAAACUCUCCUUUAGAUACUGUAGUGGUUACAGUGAGUGCUACGGAUGCAGAUGAGGGAUUGAAUGGAGAAGUGACGUAUGAAUUUAGUCGAAACGUGUCACCUGGUACAGAGGUGGGCAUCAUUAACGUGCAGGAUAGAGACUCUGAGAAUAACCGACAGGUCCGCUGCUCCAUUCAGCAAAACGUUCCCUUUAAGCUGGUGCCAUCCAUCAAAAACUACUAUUCUCUGGUGACUACGGGCGAACUGGACCGUGAACUAGUGUCUGAUUACAACAUUACAAUCACUGCCACCGACGAGGGCUCUCCACCUCUAUCCUCCUCUAAAAGUGUUCAGUUAUCUGUAGCUGACGUCAACGACAACCCACCUGUGUUUGAGGAACAGUCCUAUAAAGCCCACGUGACUGAAAAUAACAAACCCGUCUAA